UUUUGUCACUUCGUCUGAUUUUAUUCGCAAGUAUUUAAUUUUUUAAUGUAUUUCAGAUUAUGAAAUAUAAAUUUUGAAUGCAUAAAUGUCGUUACUUAUAUAUAAAUUACAUAUCAAUUUUACGAUUUAAUUCAAUUGCCAGAUAAUAGUAAUAUUUUUGAAGUUGAUAGUAUUAUAUGUUGAUAUCAAAUAUUUUAUAUGAUUGUGUAUAUUUUAAUUAUAUUAAUUAUUAUAUCAUAUAUUAUUCAUUAGAUAUAUGGUUACAUUUUUUACAUAAUUACAUUAUCUAAUUAUAUUUUUUAAGUUAAAUUUGUUUGAAAUUCAAUCAUUUAUAUCAUUUAUAUUAUUUUUGAAAGAAUGUAAAUAAUAUUCGUUAUAUUUAUAAAUUAUUUAUUUUCAGAUAAUAUUAUUUAUUUUUAAAAAUAAAUUUACAAUAUAAUUCGAAUAUUAUAAUGUAAAUUGUGAUAAUAUAUUAAAUAUUCAAUAUCCCAAAUUGAUUAAAGUAUAUUGAAAUUAAUCGAAAUUCUGCAAGAAAUAAUUUUAUUUCUGCAUUCAUUGACAAAUCAUUUUAUUUUGAAAAAUAUGAUUAUAUUAUUUCAUAAAUCAUAAUUUCAAAGUUUCAUUAAUAAUGAAAGCACAAUAUUUUCCAUUGUUCCACUAAAGUGAUACUUAAAAAUGUUACUUUUGUUUCUUUCGUUUGGCGCCAUUUUGCUUAUAUGUAAGAUUUUAGCAUAGUAUAUAUUAUACUAUCUUUUUAUAUUUUUUCAUUCAGUCUAUUACCAACUUUUAACCAAUUCAUUAGAUAGGUAUUGAUAAAGAGAUAAUAAAACAUUAUCUAAUUUAAUCAUUAUAUGAAACAUUAAAAAAUUAUUUUUAAAUUUUUCUUACAUACAAUACUAGGUGAUUGGAAUUUUAGAUACGGUAAUGAGGAAACAGAUGCGCCUGCGCAUUGUCACGCUUGCUCGCCACUACAAUGUCGGACGUCGAGCGUUCGGUGGUAAGACCGUCUCUUGCGUUUUCCGUGAUUUCCUAAGUGAAAUUUCGUGCUGUUUCUAUUUGUGACUAGUGGUAUAAUAUGAUCGUGUAACUCAUUGACUGCGACUAACUGCCGUUAGAAGUAUUAUAUCUCGUGCCAGUCGCAAAGAUGGGUAAAACAUUCUGCCAGUCUUGUAAGAAGAAGUGCAGCGGGGAGGUACUACGAGUGCAGGACAAGUAUUUCCACAUAGGGUGUUUCAAGUGUGCUCAAUGUAACGCGAGCUUAGCGCAGGGUGGUUUUUUCGCGCGCGAGGGCUCUUACUAUUGCACCAAGGAUUACAGGGAACGGUGGGGAACGAAGUGCGCAGGCUGUGGAGAAUACGUGGAGGGCGACGUGGUCACUGCCGGAGACAAGCAUGCCUUCCAUCCCAACUGUUUCCACUGCCAACGAUGCAGACAACCGUUACUCGGACAGGGAACCAAGGUUUCCCUCGUCCAAGGUCAAGCUCUUUGCCACCGAUGCGUCGGUAUUCCUGUCCGAGAGGCCUCGACGCCAAUCGGGAAUAGCUCCGCCACCAGAGGAUCCGGAGAUGGGCCCUCCGACCCCGGUGCCUGCGCUGGUUGCGGAAACCAAUUACGAGAAGGUCAGGCUUUGGUAGCUCUCGAUCGACAGUGGCACGUAUGGUGUUUAAAAUGUCACAGCUGUGACACCGUCCUUCAUGGAGAGUAUAUGGGAAAAGACGGGGUGCCUUAUUGCGAGAAGGAUUAUCAGAAGUUGUUCGGUGUGAAAUGCGCCUAUUGCAAUCGUUACAUCAGCGGAAAGGUGCUGCAGGCAGGUGACAAUCAUCAUUUUCACCCGACUUGUGCCCGUUGCACCAAGUGUGGCGAUCCUUUUGGCGAUGGAGAAGAGAUGUACUUGCAGGGCGCUGCCAUUUGGCAUCCCCGUUGUGGCCCGGGUCCUAGCGGACCCAAUGGUAUCGUGAACGGCCACGGAGAAGCUCACACGCCACAGCAUCGAGAAUCAGAACGGAUUUCCAGCAGCGCAUCGGAGAUGCAGUUUUCAUUGCGGUCACGCACGCCAAGCCUGAACGGAUCACUCUGCAGCCCUUACAGCAGCCUCAGUCGCAAGUAUUAUCCCGCGCGAACUGGAAGUCCCGGAUUGAUAUUGCGAGAAUACGGACGUGGUCCAUCCGAAGAUGUGUCUAGGAUUUAUACUUAUUCUUACUUGACCGAAACGCCGACCCAAGGAUACUUGAGACGUCCGAUACAGCCGUACGACAAACCUCCGACUAGCCCGCACUUUCAUAGACCUAGCUCGUCACGUUCGAUAAGAAGCAGUGGCGGACGCAGCAGCCGAUCUGGAAUGCGUGCUCUGGUCGAUGCUCUCAGCGAGACCAGACCAAAGUCACCGGCCAGUCAAGUAGAUAAUGACGAGCCAAUAGAGCUGGCGCAUUAUCCGGACGCCAUGAAACCUCCUCCUGGAACCAAACCGCCGAUCGAGAGAGAUGAUUUUCCCGCUCCGCCUUAUCCUUAUACAGAUCCUGAAAGACGUAGACGAUGGUCCGACACUUAUAAGGGAGUACCUGCAUCCGACGACGAGGACGAAGUGGAUAACAAAACUUAUAUAAAGGAGGUGGAGGAGAAGUUGAAGAAGGAACAGGACGAGCUAAGCAAAAUCGAUACUGGAAUAGCGAAAGUAUUUUUGCAAGAUCGUGAAAAGGAUCGAGAGAAUUUGAGACAUAGAGCCGCGAACGUUGAUCCUAGAAAUGCGUCGAGAACGCCAUCAGCUGCCAGAGAACCGACUUAUAGACUGCGAUACGAGAGUCCAGUUGGCGCUUCGCCUUCGAGGAACAUAGAUCACGCAAGACCGUGGGAGGACGAUGAUGGUUUCAGUUAUAGAUCUAGCGUAGGACCUAGUUACAACGUUGGGAGGUCAUCGGCACGUUCCCCGGCUCCCAGAAACUAUCCACCCCUUGGUACUCAACGCGCCUUCACUCUUCCAAACGCCGCUAGGCACUAUCAUUCGGGUGAUUAUUCGUUCAGUGGGAUGGGAGACAAGACGCACAGCACUGAUUUCUCAUCUGGCAAAUCAGAUAUAUCGACAGGAAGCAUCACGGAUGUGGAUCGACGGGCAUUGGUAUGUACCACAGCCCCAUACUACUCCCGGCGAAUUAGCAUGAAUGAUGGUGGAAUGCUGCCAUCAUCUACCACGUAUACAGGUGGCCUAGGUUCGGUAGUUGGAAGUCACGGGGGCCAUCACGUGAGGAGAUCACUGCCAGACAUGGGGACAGCACCGUCCGAACCGCCAAAACUCUAUCCUUAUCAUUUACUUGUCAUCACAAACUACAGGCUACCCGCUGACGUGGAUCGUUGCAACCUCGAAAGACAUCUUUCCGACGCGGAGUUCGAGGCAGUACUUCAGUGUACUCGUGCCGAGUUCUACAGAUUGCCGCAAUGGCGUCGUAACGAAAUCAAAAGACGUGCCCGGCUGUUUUAACUGGCAGUUAUCACGCUACGUGUUCUACUUAUUACCUUCAUCGUGUCACGAUUGUGUUACCGUGCUAUAGAGUGUACAUUCCUUCGGCGUGGUAGGUGUAUCAUGAGAGAAAAAGAGAACACGUGUUCGGGGAACCAACGAUUCGUACCGGUUUUCGAUCGCGAACAUCGACGAUAUCAAAGCGUUGUCAUCGUUGCGAAUGCAAAAUAAAAAUCGAGGUAAUCUCGACCUCUCCUCAUCUCGUACACGUUCACAGAGAUACGUAUAAAUGCAUACAUACAUGUUUAAACACGUAUAAACACACGUUCGCACGAUGACGCAAAUACUAUAAUACAUAUACAUAAAGGAGCACUACCAUUUGACGUCAAUUUUAUUCUCUCAGCAACGAAUCCACAGGCAGCUUGAUUUUUGAUCGUUCACAAACUAUUUCAUCGUAUCCUGUGUUUUCGAUGCUUCUUUCGGGAGAAUCUAUACGUUGUUCAUAAGGAAACGAAAGGAAGAUAUGUUCAACCGUUUCUGUGAUGGACGGAAAAAAACCUGUUAACUUGGUCGAAGACGAAACUUGAGAAUUAAGGAAAAAGGGUUGAAACGUUUAUGAUCCGACGUUGUUAACGAAAGGAAAUAUGUAUUGUAUGUAUAUCAACUAUUAACAGUGAUGGUUUCAUGGGGAAUUCAAAUUUCGAAAAGAAAAUUAUUAUCCUGUAUUUAACAUGUACACUUUCUGUGACUAUAAUUUUCACGAAAAGUGGAAAUAGUAGAUGGGUAAUAAUAAUUUUAGAGAAAUAGCUGAAAGUGAAGGUGGUCAGAAUCGUCUAAAAUUUUAUCAUUUAACUGAAACAUCAUCUUGUGACUUAGAAUUUACCCGUGAACGUCGACGUACGUAUAAAAUAGCGCGAUGGGAAGAUGUGCAAGAUUCAAAGCGAAUAAAAAACGAAAGAAAUGGUAAUACUCGUCGAUACGCAAACGUUGAUGUAAAUAAACGAGCGAUGUAAGAGAAAUCUUAGAAAAAAUGAAAGAAGCAACGGAAGUACGAGGAGGUAUAUACAUAUAUGUACACAAACGUAUAAUACCAUUUUGAAAAUUCGCUUGAAUCACAGAACACACUUACUAUUUGCAAAAAACUAUAACAUAAACGCGCUACUAUUAUAGAAGUUAUCAUUAUUAUUAUUAUUAUUAUUAUUAUUAUUAUUAUUAUUAUUAUUAUUAAUUUUUAAUUAUUAUUAUUAUUAUCAUCAUCAUCAUUAUUAUUAUUAUAUUUUAUUAUAAGCAACAUGAAAUUUAAAGUAUAAUUAGAUACAGCUUGUCGAAUGUCGUAAUUAUCAACAUAUUUAAAUAUCAUCACCGAGUUUGCUCUUUCUAUUUUAAUUGGAUAUAUAAGAGCUACAUUUAUUGAUAAACAAUAUUACACAAAUUUUCCUCAACUCGAUUUCUUUUAUAUAUAUAUAUAUAUAUAUAUAUAUGGAUCAAACUCAAAGAAUUGAGUUUUACUGUAAUACUGCCGAUUAAAAAUAUGUAAAACACGAAUAUGUAUUAAUAUUUAUUUGGAUAGAAAAAUUAUCAAAAGAAAAAAAACAACAGUUACCAGAGCCAAUUAUUCUUGUGCGAGCGAAUACGUCAGGCGACAAGCUGAAAACGCAAAAGAAGGAAUAUGUUACAAUAGAAUUGUUAAAUUUCCAACAGAAUGCAAUUAUUUGUAUGGUUUUGUGAAGCAUAACUUAUAUAUAAAAAUAAUUUGCAACGUAAAAGAAAAGAAAAGAUACGAUGUUUUUCCAAUGCUAAAAAAGAUCCACGCGGGAGUGUGCAUAUUUUAAACGAAUCGAAAAUCACGUUUUAUUCUAUAUCUCGCCUUCUAUUCCAAGUUCUAUGUGUCUAUAUGUAAAUGUCGGCAGACAUUUCUAGACACGACAAGCAGUUAGGCACUUUCUCUGACUUAAGAGAACAACAUCUUUGAUAAAGUACGUAUUGUAAUUACGUUCGUGCAAUUUCCUGGGGUAUUUCUCGUGGCUUCGUUACGAAGAAGUGGGAAACGUACUUCAUGAUCUUAUGCAAUAUAAUAAUAAUGCGAGUUCGCGAGACGAAGAGAAAGAAAAAAAAAUUAAGAGAGAGAAAAGUAACCAUGCACACUACGUGAAAGAAUUAUUAUUUGUGCCGAGGAAAUGAAAAGGGAAGAGAUCUUUCCUCUUUCAUUCGCGCGAUAUCGUUUCUUGUUUCCUCGUGGUCCGCUUUUGUACACAUAAUCAGAAUCAAUAAACUGCAAUAUUUAUCUUUCAUUUGCAGUAUUUUACCAAUAGAUGUUGAAUCGUUCGGAGAUCAUUUUUUGAAAAUUUUAUGAAUUACUUGGUCUUUGGGUUACUUUUUAAGUCAUUCUCGUCUUAUGUUCUUUCUUUUUCAUUGCGUUUUAAUAUUUAAUAUUUCCUAUGUUGUGUUUCCAUCUCUUGAUUUCUUUCUUUUUCUUUUCUGCGUAUUGUGUUUUCUUUUUCUUUUCUUUUCUUUUCUUUUCUUUUUUUUUUUUUUUCAUUUUUACUUGAAUGAAGAGAGUCAUACGUUUAUAAGUUUUAAUUUACGACAAUGAAUGAUAAAGUGAUUCUUACCGUGGCCGCUGUCAGAUCAUGGUGCAUCAUUGUCGUUUACACCGUGCAAUGCGAACCAAUGUAAUUUCUGUUGUAUAGAGCACAUUGCUUCCGCUAGUCCCCCUGAGGUUAAAUAAACGCAACAUACAAAGAAAGAAGCUGACUCACGCGUCUCUUCACAUUCUUAUCGAAGCGAUUUACAGACGCGAUUGAAUCUUUGCUCGGAUCAGUUGCGUUCUUUUCACGUUCUCAUCGUUGUCAAAGUGAUACAUUGCGAACAUAUGUAGUUAUCGAUCGGUCAUUGUACAAGAUUUUCUUUCAACUGUUUUUCUCGAAAAUAUUAUUUUUACUUUUUAUUAAAAACAGAAUGGAAAAUUAUAAUGUAUCGUAUAUAAACAUCGUUCGCACUUUGGUUCCUAGUAAAUUCUUCGCCUUGCAUAAUACAUUUCUAUCGAUCAUGUUUCUUAUUACUAUCUCGUGAAAUAAAUAAACCAUUUGUCCCAGCGUUGCCUUUCGCAA